AUGAACCUUGUGGUUCUUGCGACCGUCCUCCUUGCAAGUGGCACAGCAGUGUCAUAUGCCGAUCAGGCCAGUGUGUUGAACGUGGACGUUGUUCACUCCUCGCGUGUUCUCUCUGGCGAGGACAAGAGAUUCCUUCGAAGCCACCAGACGACGGGUGACGAAGGCAAAAUUACCAAGCACGACGAUGAAGAGAGGGUUAGCGGGGAGAAUUUGUUCGGUGCACUGAAGGUGCUUAAGAUGGGAAGGGAUGUGAAUUACCGGGAUAAGGUGUUCCAGCGUUGGAAAAACUAUGGACAUACCAAGAAAUCGGUACUUGAGAAGGGUGUGCCAGAUAGUCUCGUUGGCGCGUACAAAUCAUACCUGAAAUUGCGGAAGAAUACGGGGAAGGUGUUUGGCGACCACCGCCCCCGCCACAUCAUCGAACCACGAUAG